AUGGCUGGUCAAAUCUUAAAUUCUUUAUUUUAUUCGGGAGCAACAUAUUCAUUCAUUGCAUUUGAAAAUGCUAGUGAGUCAGAAUUGAAGAUUGUGGUUUUGGGCUACGAUCUGAACGUGUAUAAUGCCACUCAUGAAGCCAUGGUGACUAGGUUAGGAUGUCCGCAAGUUUCAUUUAGGGUCAAGCAGCGUGAUUUUGUCCAUAAUUUAAUUCGCUUGCCGAUGACCGACCUUGAUCUUAUCUUGGGAUUGGAUUGGUUGUCAAAAAAUCAUGUUUUGCUGAACUGUUUUGAGAAAUUAUUGCAUUUCAUGCCAGAAGGAUCAGAAAGGCCGGUUGUGGUAAAUAGCUGUUAUUUAAAUUACGUGGAAGUAAAUUAUUCGGGACAGGAGUGUCAGGGCGUUAUGCUGUUAGCUGCGAGUGUGUCGGGUGAGGAACAAAGUUUAGAGAAAAUUCCAGUUGUUUGCGAAUUUCUUGAGGUGUUUCCGGAUGACAUUGAGGAAUUCCCCCUAGCCAAGAGAUUGAAUUUGCAAUUGAGUUGGUACCGGGAACGGGGCCAAUUUCGAUUGCCCCUUAUAGAAUGUUGCCUUUAG